AUUGCUUGGCACCUCCGAUCUUCGGCACUGCGAUCCCGAUUCCCGACCCGAUUUCGCCCCAACCUGCAUCACCUAGAAGUUCCAUCACACUGUUUUGCUCUAUUGUAGAUGCAGAAGAUGUCGCCCACUAGCCUACCAGCGACCCGUGCACGGAAAAGAAUCCCGGUGGCCUGCCGGCUAUGCAAGCAACGGAAGGUCAAAUGUAGCGGCUCCCAUCCUUGUUCGAAUUGUACCGGACGAGGGCGCGAUUGUAUAUUUGACGAGGCGGAGAAGAAGGUGACUAUCUUAGAGAGGAAUCUCCGAGCCUUACAAGACAGGGCUACACAGAAUGCCCCCUCGGCGGAAGGUGACAGCGGCGUGCAAGCAGAGCCGAGUGUUGAGACGUGUUCACAAAACACGACUGACGGACGCCCGCCUUCUACUCUAACGGGACAUGGCAAUGCGGGUUCAGCUCGACGGCCCAGUCCUGCCCAGACUGGAGCCAAAUGCAGUCAUCCCUCAGCUCUAUGGCCCAUUUUCGAGGCAGCGGCCUCUGCUCUUGGCGUUGUGGGAAUGUCGCAUUCGCAACCGCCUCCGGUGUUAGCCAGAGAUAACGCUCACAAGACAGUUUCCGGGAAGGGCCUCGAAGGUUUCACGCCAUAUAUCUUCCCGCAAAAGGAACUCAUGGCUUAUCUGAUUCAGGGGGUGGACUUUCACCUCAAUCAUUUCCUCUGCGUCUUCGAUCCAAAGACGGCUUUGACCCAGCUUGAAUCACUACCUCUAGAGCCUGUAGACAAGAAGCUCACAAGAAUACAGGCUAAGCUUGCCAUACUUGUAGGCUUGGGUAAAUUCUUUCGCGAAAAAGGCGGACUACCGGGAGAAGUGCCUGGGAUGAGCGAAUUCAUGGUGGCCCGAGAUAUUCCCUCAGAUUCAGAGCUGCUUCAAGAUCCAGUGGACGCGGCAGAGACUCUAUGCCUCCUAUCCUGCUACGCCGACGCGACCGGGUUUCAUGAACUCGCCUACAUCUAUAUUGGGCAUGCAACAAGGCUCCUGCAUGUCUCGCAGUUUGGUCACGGCGCAACCCAAAUCAUGGGGGAAACUCCUGAGAGACAGUAUUGGAUCUCUCGCCUCUCUAUAAGUGUCGCAAUAUUGAAUGUGUGGGUCUGUGGGACGCUGAGAAUCCCACCCGACUUCAGCCCCCGGCAUCACUCCUCGAUAAGCUCGCCUUUCAAUGGGGACGAACAGAGACCGAGUAACAGAGCGCUACAAAUUGGAUUGGGGUUAACAGUGAUAAUGAACGAGGCCCUCGAACGCUGUCGCUGCUACCUGGAAAGUGAUCCGACAGGAGGACCUGGUGAAAGAGGGCGCGAAUGGGAGCCAAUACUACCGGACUCGACCACUAUCAUGACCACACUACGAACCAUUGCGCAGCACGGACAGGAAAUCAUGAAUCUCACAGCAAGCCCCAUGAAUACGGGUAUAACAGAAAGAUGCGGCAUUGAAUUGCAUCUGUGGUAUUGCCAUUCGGUUGUCCUUGUCACCUUGCCAAGUAUUAUUCACAUGGCAAGACGCAGCAAUGGACUCCACCGGGUGAUCCCAUCUGAAUAUACAAACCCUGUCGUGUGGAGGGCUUGUGCAAAAUACGCAUUCCUAGGGCUUAAAUUAAUCAUUGAACUACAUAAGCACGGAUUCUCAGAUACGUACUCGGGCAUCAAACUUGAGAUCCUAGCAGCAGCAAUGCUAGCCCUAGUCCUUGUGAGCUUUCCUGAAGCAGAGGAGGACAUACCCAUGUGGGAAAGGGUCCAAGCGAUUCUGGAAGAUGUCGCGGACCGCGGGAGCUUAGAUGCACGCUCUGUCUUAACAGGAGUGCGGACCAUUGCCCGGAAUGCGAUACGAAACAGGUCCUCACGAAGGCAGCAAGCUUGGAUACCGCAGGUAGACUUCGCGGCGUGGGACAGUUUCGACGGAUUCUUGCGACAACCACAUCUACUCCAUAUAUUCGACAUGAGCCAGGAUUCUGGAAUUGUCCGUUUCGCAGGGGAAGAUUACGCUGCGUCCCCCUCGGGCACUGGCCGUUUGCUGAACGACACACCGCUGUCACAGAUCGAUGCACCCUAUCUAGAUGCCUUGGCCUCUGCGGGCGACUUCACCUUUUCCACCGAAGACCUCCAGUGGCUAGACGCUGUUCAAUAAUAAAGUCUGUUUUUGCCUUGAUAAGGAAGUGGUCUUGAAUACGUGUACUCGCUGUGACGCGCUGGGCUGCGACCGCCGGCAGCGGAAGGCGGGAUGCGGAAUGCGAUCCCGAUUCCGGAUCUCGAGUCAUGUGCCUGACUCCAAUCCGUCGGAUACGGAAUACCGAAGUUGUCUCGUAUUUUACCUGGUCCCCUCUUCUCUUCCAC